AUGGGAGGCACGGCUCGUGGGCCUGGGCGGAAGGAUGCGGAGCAGCCAGAGGCUGGACUCCCGCCCCAGCAGCGAAGGUUGGGGGAUGGUGUCUAUGAUACCUUCAUGAUGAUAGAUGAAACCAAGUGCCCACCAUGUUCAAAUGUGCUCUGUAAUCCUUCUGAACCACCUGCGCCCAGGAGAGUCGACAUUACCACCGAGCAGUUGACAAGAGACCAUACGCAGCACCUUCUGAAUGGAGGUGAGAUGAAGGUAGAGCAACUCUUUCAAGAACUUGGCAACAGAAGAUCCAAUGCUCUUCAGUCAGCUGGCAUCACUGGCUCAGAAAAGUGCUCUCCUACCGCAACUCAGGGCAAAAGUUCUGAAGGUUUGAACUCAGUGAAGUCCAGCAGCUCGUCCAAAGCACCCCGCGUGGUGCCCCUGAGCCCAGAGCAAGCCCUGAAGCAGUACAGACACCACCUCACUGCUUAUGAGAAGCAGGAAAUCGUCAAUUAUCCAGAAAUUUACUUUGUGGGUCCAAAUGCCAAAAAAAGAAAUGGAGUUGUUGGUGGUCCCAAUAAUGGGGGUUAUGACGACGCAGACGGAGCCUAUAUUCACGUGCCACGAGACCACCUCGCUUAUCGAUAUGAGGUGCUGAAAAUUAUUGGCAAGGGAAGUUUUGGGCAAGUGGCCCGGGUCUACGAUCACAAACUGCGCCAGUACGUGGCCCUAAAGAUGGUGCGCAAUGAGAAACGCUUCCACCGUCAGGCCGCCGAGGAGAUCCGGAUUCUGGAGCAUCUUAAAAAACAGGACAAAACCGGGAGCAUGAACAUCAUCCACAUGCUGGAGAGCUUCACCUUCCGGAACCACGUGUGCAUCGCCUUUGAACUGUUGAGCAUAGACCUUUAUGAGCUAUUAAGAAAAAACAAGUUUCAAGGUUUCAGUGUCCAGUUAGUGCGCAAGUUUGCCCAGUCCAUCCUGCAGUCCCUGGAUGCACUCCACAAAAAUAAGAUUAUUCAUUGUGACCUGAAGCCAGAAAACAUCCUCUUGAAACACCAUGGGCGCAGUGCAACCAAGCUUAUUGACUUUGGGUCCAGCUGCUUUGAGUACCAGAAACUGUACACCUACAUCCAGUCUCGGUUCUACAGGGCUCCGGAGGUCAUCUUAGGAAGCCGCUACAGCACGCCCAUUGACAUAUGGAGUUUUGGCUGCAUCCUCGCAGAACUGUUAACUGGACAGCCUCUCUUCCCUGGAGAGGAUGAAGGAGACCAGUUGGCCUGCAUGAUGGAGCUUCUAGGGAUGCCUCCACCAAAGCUUCUGGAGCAAUCGAAACGUGCCAAGUACUUUAUUAACUCCAAGGGCCUACCUCGCUACUGCUCUGUGACUAUUCAGGCUGAUGGGAGGGCUGUGCUGCUGGGGGGGCGCUCCCGAAGGGGCAAAAAGCGGGGCCCCCCAGGCAGCAAAGACUGGGUGACAGCCCUGAAAGGGUGUGAUGACUACUUGUUCAUAGAGUUUUUGAAAAAGUGUCUUCAUUGGGACCCCUCUGCCCGCCUGACCCCCGCCCAAGCGUUAAGACACCCAUGGAUUAGCAAAUCUGGGCCCAGACCUUUUACCACAGAAAAGUUGUUAGGGAAGCGGGUAGUAAAUCCUGCAAAUGCUUUCCAGGGACUGGGUUCCAAACUACCUCCUGUGGUUGGACUAGUCAAUAAGCUGAAAGCUAACUUAAUACCCGAAAACAGUAGCAGUAUACCUCUGCGCAGUGUGUUGCCAAAACUGAUUAGCUAACGGAUAGCAGUGUGCUCAGAAAUGCAUAUUUGCGUAUUUUUAAAUACCUUGUGGAUCUGCAGAUGUAAAAGGGGGAAGAAAAGAUAACAUGCCUCAAUAGGUGGCUACGUUUUGUUAGCAAGACUUUUUUUUUUAAGAGGCAAAGCAUUUUUAUAUGAUUGUAUAACCCCUUCAAGGGCUAAUUAUCUAACCAGCUUGUAUUGGCCAUCCUGGAAAAUAAAUUAAAUGGCUUUUUAUAGGUCAGUG